UCAGAAGGUUGCGAGUUCAAUCCCAGGUCCACCAAGCUGCUACUGUUGGGCCCCUGAGAAAGGCCCUUAACCCUCAAUUGCUCAGCUGUAUAUAAAAAAAAAGAGAGAGAGAGAUAAUGUAAGUCACUCUGGAUAAAGGCGUCUGCCGAAUGCUGUGAAUGUAAAUGUAAAGGAGGUGCAGGUGAGGAACGAGUCGGUCCGUGUACACAGCCGGCGAGGAGAGAACGUUUUCCUCAAGGAAUCAACAGCGGAUGCGGUUUAAACAUGCAGAAAAAUCGCACCACGGAGCAUCGGCGUCCUGUGCGCUUUCUAAGCCGCAAGCAUCAGAACCUUGUGUAAAAUCUGAUAGGCUCAACUGUGGUGAUGAAAAAUAUUCCACUGAUUUAGAAAAAGAAAGGGUUUUUUCUCUCUCUCUCUCUCUCUCUCUCUCUCUCUCUCUCUCUCUCUCUCUGCCUUCUGCACAUGUCUGUCUGUCUGUACGUCUUUCUUGAUAUCUCUCAUCUUCUGUCUCUCUCCCAAAUCUUUGUCACUUAUAAGAACUGUCUCUUUGUCUCUUCCUCUUUUUGUCUCUCACUCCUUCAGCAUGUUCUUCUUGCUCUCUGUUUCUGUCUGUCUCUCUGUCUCUGGUUUUUAUAAACCUCAGGUCAGUCAGAGUCCAGGCAACAUGAAAUAUACAUCAUCCUCCAGGGCCUGAGACUCAUCGUCUGCUCCUGAACAGUCGCGUGGCCUUUCAAUCUGUGUGUGUGUGUGUGUGUGUGUGUGUGUGUGUGUUUCUCACUUCUCCUCAAGGUCACCUCACAUUACACACGCUGUCUGGACAGUAGGAUGUGCUUUAGAGUUUUGGAGGCUGGGUGAAGGUGCACAUCACCACCACCACCACCACGCUGGCUUCUACCACCACGGACCGUUAAAUCAGCUACGGUCGUACGGCCCUUCAAAAUAUUUCACACUGUGUUAUGCUCCACGUACGACCACAAAAGAUCAAUCUGCCUCCUGUCAUGGAGGAUCAGGGGGUAAAAAAAAACGAAUCCUCAGUGGAGUGGAAGGCUACAGGUCUGUGAGAUGGAGAGAGAAAGUAGACAGAGAGUGAAAUGAAAUGACAACGAAGACUCUCUUUCGGUAAGGAGAUGAAAUCUCCGAAUGGUAGGCCCAAGCCCAUGUCGCCCUCCGACUUCCUGGACAAGCUGAUGGGAAAGACGUCAGGCUACGAUGCUCGCAUCAGACCAGAUUUUAAAGGGCCUCCUGUCAACGUCACAUGCAACAUCUUCAUCAACAGCUUUGGCUCUGUCACAGAAACCACAAUGGACUACCGCUUGAACGUGUUCCUCCGGCAGCAGUGGAACGACCCUCGCCUGGCGUAUAAGGAGUACCCUGACGACUCGCUUGAUCUGGACCCCUCCAUGCUGGACUCCAUCUGGAAACCCGACCUGUUCUUUGCCAACGAGAAAGGCGCCAGCUUCCACGAGGUCACCACUGACAACAAGCUGCUGAGGAUCUUUCAGAACGGGAACGUCCUCUACAGCAUCCGGCUGACUCUGAUUCUGUCCUGCCCGAUGGACCUGAAGAACUUCCCCAUGGACAGCCAGACCUGCACCAUGCAGCUAGAGAGCUUCGGCUACACCAUGAACGAUCUGAUUUUCCAGUGGCUGGAUAAAGGUCCUGUGCAGGUGGCUGAUGAUUUAACGAUGCCUCAAUUUGUUCUGAAAGAGGAGAAGGACCUGGGAUACUGCACCAAGCACUACAACACUGGUAAGUUCACCUGCAUCGAGGUGAAGUUCCACCUGCAGAGGCAGAUGGGAUAUUAUCUGAUCCAGAUGUACAUUCCCAGUCUGCUGACCGUCAUCCUGUCCUGGGUCUCGUUCUGGAUCAACAUGGACGCCGCUCCUGCUCGAGUCGGCCUCGGCAUUACCACCGUCCUCACCAUGACGACGCAGAGCUCCGGCUCCAGAGCCUCGCUGCCUAAGGUGUCCUAUGUGAAGGCGAUAGAUAUCUGGAUGGCCGUGUGUUUGCUGUUCGUCUUUGCCGCGCUGUUGGAGUACGCUGCUGUAAACUUCGUCUCUCGGCAACACAAAGAGUUCUUCAGACUCAGGAGGCGACUGCAGGAAGAACGACGACAAAGAGCUGCUGCAGGACAAUUUGUUGGAGCCGAGACGAAAAGCAAGACCAAUGACAUUACAAGCAGCACAACAUCCUACAGGAACACAAAACACUGCAGUGCCUGUGCACGGGAGUUAACGCAACACAAUCAGGAUUUCUUCUUGUCCAGUUUCGGUUUGGACGUCCAACUGUCUGGAGACGGUCCCCUCUCGGAGACGGCGGCCAUGUUCGCCGCACUGCCUCCGGGUCACUCACUGUUCCAGAUCCGCCGCAGGUUUAUUGACCACGCCAAACGGAUCGACACCAUCUCACGUGCCAUCUUCCCCCUCAGCUUCCUCAUCUUCAAUGUCUUCUACUGGCUGACGUACAAAGUUCUGCGUAACGAGGAUCUGCAUUCCGUCCUGUGAGCUAAAAUAGCCAAAGGACAGCACACAGUAAACUACAACUCACCAGACAACACACACCACACCACGGUUCCACAUGAGGACUGAAUAGAUCACCGACGUGUGGAUGAUCUCGCGUAACGUGACGAACAGACUUAAAGGAGCAUCUAGGUCGGCUUCACGUAGCAGCGUUCAGCUUUUCGUAGCUAAUUUUACGUCAUUUCUGCCUGCUCCCUAACCGGUGACCAGUCGUCCGUGUCUCUCGUGAACGUAUAGCGACAGUUACUGUUAUUGCUUGUAGGCGUGGCCUAAUUAGCUUGUCUUGUCGAUAAUCGGAAUUAGCCGUAUAUAGAUAACUAGUUUCUUGUUUUGAUUUCUCUGCUACAUGUUUCAGGAGAUUAGCGAAGCGAGUUAAGCGCAUAAGCUUUUGUACACACGUCAUCGUGUCCUGACAAUUUUUCUAUCUCAGACAGACGUGCUCUUACCAAGUGCCACAGGAGAUCAGACCAGCAAAACCAUGUAGACUUAGCAGAGCUUUCCCAGAAGGCACCACAAACCAACACGGCAGUAAAGUAAAAAUAAAUAACUAAAUAAAUAAAUGAACCCUUAAAUGAGCAAUAAAAGUAUUUAAGAUUAAA